AUGUCUCAAGACGUGACGAUGAAGAUCCCGCACUAUCUCAACAACUCGAAGCUAUUCUCACGCUUCAACGAGUCUGGGAACCGCAUGAAAUCGCAGGGUCAGACUAUUUGGCGCGUGCGAGCUCGGUGCAAGACAGACAUCUCAGGGAUGGAUGUGGCCGUUGGAGCGGGUCAGAACAUAGUUGCCAAUACAGCUGGACACCCACCCUCGGCGUUUUCCCAACCCUCGAUGCAUCAUCAGGUCGGAAUAUCACCACAGCAGAUGCAGCAACAACAACAGCAGCAGCAGCAGCAGCAGCAGCAAGUCGAUGAUGGGCUCAUGAUGGCAUCAGACCCACUUUUGUGGGAAUUUUUGCCGUAUGAGCGAUGCAUCGUCGGCCAACCACCCCUCGCCAUCGUGGGCACAGCGUGGCAAUGGAACAUGAAGGUGCACGACCAUUGGACGCCUCGGAAGAAGGUCAGUUGGCACUUUGUAGCAAGCCCGGCUACAGCGACAAGUGGCACAAGUCCUCAGGAGUCAACUGCGACCUCACCAACGUCACCCACCGGAUCGCCGUCUUCGAUCCUGAUGCCAAAGUGGCUCUCACUCCAAGGCUCGAAACUCAAGGGCACUCCAACGCAUCCAGGGAUGUAUCCUAUCACGGUCGAAGCAACGUUCCAGGACGAUAACGAUCCGGAGCCGGUCGUCGUACGUGGACACUUUACGAUUCAAGUAUCCAAGGCGAUUGGAGGCUGGAAGGCCAAGAUGCCAGUUCCUGAGGGCCUCAUUGGAUCGCCACGGGAAGGGAUGGAAGACGUUGACGGUGACGAGGAUAGUCCCGAGGAUCAAGGGUCUAGUGGGAUGAUGCUCGGUGGAGCUGGAUCAUCCAAUGGAAGUGGCAUGCAAGCCGUAACAUUCUCGCCUUUGCUCGGUGGGAGAGGGGCGACGUACGAAAACAUAUAUGGAAGUCAUCCGUUGACUAGUCAAUCUACUCCGCUACAGUACAUGACGACGCCAAACGGCGGAGGGCAUGUCGGGUACUAUGCCUACGUCCACUGA